UAAAUAACUAGAAAAAUGAUUCAGUUCAUUUUUUGAUCUCGUUGACUGAUCGAGGUUACAGAGAUUGGUGUAAUCAAUAACCCAUAUCAACGCAGAACAAGAUAAAACGAGAGGACUUUCAUUGUCAAACAAAUGCAUAAUAAGCCAAUCCAAUCUUGCAACAAAUGAGAAGUGCAUGCACAUACCAGUGUUUUAGGCAUCUCAGAUUGUUAAAUAAUGGAUUUAGAAAUUCUAUUGAUAAAAUGUGUGAAGAAGGAAAGGCUUUUGUACGAUCCUAGAAAUGGAAAUUACAGCAACAGAAAUUUGAAGAUGAAAGUCUGGACAAACAUAGCACUAAUAUGUGGAAUGAGUUCAGGGUAUGAAGCGAAGGCUCUAUGGAAUAAAUUGAGAGCCUCCUAUCGUGCUAGCUUGAAUCGAAAUGGAGUAAGUGGUUGGAAGCAUGGAACACGAAUGAAAUUUCUCAAACCUUUUUUGAAAGACAUGAAUAGUGGAGAGGGGUCGUUCGCAACGAAUCCUGUGAAACAUUUUCCGUCUUAUCAAGAAUUCGUACCAACACCAUGUGGGUCAAAAAAUAAAUAUCCUGUAACACCAUCAUUCGAAAAAAAGAAUGAAACAUCAAUCCUGAAUUUUCAGGACGCGAAGAAAAAUGAGGAAAGAUCUAAUGGUAGAAAAGAAAUCAGAAAAACCCUUUUCGAAAAUGAAGACCCCCUAAAAGCAUUCUUUGUCUCCAUGUACAAUACAACGAAAAAUUUACCUGUGCCCCUCCAAAAGACAGUAAAAAAGGGGAUAUUUCAGAUUGUUAUGAAGGCUGAUGAAGCAGACGAAGAAUUCAUAACCUCCUUGUCAAAUUCGUUUGAUGUCCGGCAACCUGAAGCUUGCUUCUCGGACUCGGACUCGGACGAAUAUUCGUUCCCGAUGAUAACGCCCAAAAUAUCUUGUAGAGAAAUAAUUUCGAGCUGAUGAUGAAACAGGACCUCAUUUUCCUUGAAGUGAUUUCAAUGUCGUUAAUGUUUUCUUCAAUAGAUGCUGCGGUAUCAA